AUGUCGAAGACAAAGGACAAUCGCCCUGCGGAGGGCUUUCAUCAGGAAUAUAUCGCCUCGCUUCGAUACCGAAAUGAUCUCCCGCCACCGGAGAUGCCGCCAAAGUUCUUGGAUAUACCUCAUGAAGGACUGCAGCGAUUUCUGGCUCCUGGCUAUGCCUCAAACAUGGCUAGGCGAGAGGAGCCAGGCAUUGACGUCGAUGCGGAGGGCGGUAUGCCAAUUGAUCUAGUUGGAAUUCCAGGUCUUCACUUGGGAGAUGAAAGCGCCAUUUUGAUGCCGGAGAACCCACCGCCUCCUGAUCCUCGGGAUCUACCCUUUCUGAUUCCACUCGACCAGCUCAAAAACCCUGCAGUGAAGAAUGCCAACGUCAGUUUUCUUCGUCGCACUCAAUACAUUGCCGUGGAGCAACGGGGGCCUGGUGGCUUUAAGCCCUCGGCGGGGAGACCCAAGCCGCGUCUUUCUGAAAAGACUAAGCUAGCGAACGAUGACCCCAUCUACAUCAAGAAGUAUAUCAUGAAGGGAUUUGAUAUCGCUUAUCCGAAAAGCAAGCACACUGGAGAGGAUACGGCCGAGCGUAUCAAGGGUCAUACUCCACAGAAGCCGGAGUUGGAUGCAUGGGCACAUCCUGUUCAUCCGGAUAACCCUAAACUUAAACCUAUCGGUACCUUCCCAGUUUUGCCUGACCUGCAGGGAUAUCCGGAUCCAGGUGGUUUUGUCCAGUUCAAGUUUGAUAAGCCUCCCCUAGUCGCAGCUUCGGGAAAACGCGAUGAGAGGAUUGACGUUGGCCUAUUAUACCCGUCUGCACCACCAGAGCACGUUCUUGAAGAACACGAGGCCAAGGCCAGGCUACACAAGAAUAACCCUAGACUCUACAAGGACCCCGGUCCAAUUCCAUGGGAUUACGAUUUGUUUGUCCCAGAGCAAAAGGGAUCAGCCACAAAAAUCAAAGACAGCUUUGACUUGUUAAACUCAAAUCGAGACGAUGACGGAUUAUACACUCAUGGCGACGAAGAGAGUAAAUUCCACCGCUACGACAGAUUGCGAACAUACUCCACCAAGGCUCAACAAUUGAACUCGGAACAGAAACAACGAGAUAUCGCCUUGACACUAUUCGACCCAGCCAAAUCUUCCUCAUCUAGUCAAGCCGAAGGCACCAUCAAAGCUGCAUACUACUACCCCAUCCUCGGCAAAAUGCGACUUGCGCCUGAACGAGCUCGGAAAAUUGCCAAAGCAGGUCUGGCUCGCAGCCAGGGUGAAGCAGCAGGCAGAGAAGACCAAGUCGAUCAAAUUCAUGUUACCAUUCGUGAUCCUGAUGAGGCUGAAAUCUAUAAGCGAAGCCUGCACCGUGGUAACGUGGACCCGGAAUUCAAGAAAAACCUACCCCCGCCUCCCCAACAAUUGGAGGAGGAAGAAGAGGAAGAAGAAAAUAAUACAAAUCGAAACGCGCAUAAUACAAGUGGCGAUACAGAUGCGGACGCAGAAGCUGAUCCCGACGAGUUACAAGAAACGAGUACUAGAGCGGCAGGCGAUGAUGAAUCGGAUUAA